UGGGGAGCCGCCCGCAGCUGGAAGGUGCUGCGCUCCCAGUACUCGCAGGCCCAGGAGAAAGAGCCCCGAGAUCUCGGCGUCAAACAGAAAGAAGAAUGGAACUUUUCUGCAAAGGAUUGGUGUGAAGAUGCAGAUGACUGGGGAGCCUGUGAUGGAGCAGAGCCUCCUGCAUGUGCCUCCCUUGAGCUGCUUGGCCUAAAGGAAGCUGUGAGCAGCGAGGUGGAGUUUGCAUCCCAGCUCCAGCAGCUGCACCUGUGUGAGCCUGCCGAUGGCUCGGGUCCCCAGGACACACAUCCUGCACCCAGGGAGGACAUGGAUGGCCCAGGUGCCCAGGACACACAUCCUGCAGCCUGUGAGGACAUGGUGAUGGCAACAGCUGCUUCAGCUCCUGUGUUCCAGCCCUUCUACAUUAAUGUUGUGGAUGAGGAAGACUACAUGGGUUUCCUUGACACACAUCAUGCACAUAAGCUACUGAAGGAGUAUCAGCAGAGAGAGUGUGUUGAUUUGGAACAGAUGAUGUCAGAAAGUUUUGCAGGUGAAGAUGGUAGUGAAAAAUAUGAGAAGAGUGAAGUAAAAAGCUGGGAUCACACAUUCCAUAAAUUCAUGAAAAGAAUAUCUAUCUGUCCUGAACAGAUUCUAAGAUACUCUUGGGGUGGCCAGCCUUUAUUCAUCACAUGUCCUCCAGCCAACCUGGACCAGGAUAUUCCAGCCUGCAGUAACUGUGGAAGCAGCAGAGUGUUUGAGUUCCAGCUGAUGCCCACGCUGGUCAGCAUGCUUCAGAGUGACUCAGAUCUGUCAGUGGAAUUUGGAACUGUUAUAGUUUACACGUGUGAGAGAAGCUGUUGGCCGACCAAUCAUCAAACUCCUCUUGAAGAAUUUAUUUUUGUACAAGAAGACCCAGAUCAGAGAUUAUUUAAAUAAAUUGUAUUUCUCUGCAUAGAUGAAAAGUC